AGCCCGGAGUCACGAUCCGAUGCUCCGCCGCUGCUCCUCAACGAGCCUGGGCUUAAAAUUGCUUUCUCAUCCGACUCAUCAUGUUCCUCCCAACCUCGCUGGCAACUGUUGCAUCCGAAUCGACUACGGUUAAAGUCGUCGGUCGUAACCAAUACAACGCUACAGCAUCCCUAUCUCCCCAAUCCGUAGACAGCGAUCCCCUCGAACAAUUCAAAGCAUGGUUCUCCGAAGUCUCCUCCGAGUCUUCCCCCGUAUUGGAACCUGAGUCGAUGGCACUUUCCACUUGCACUCCAGAUGGUAUCCCCUCUUCCCGUCAAGUUCUACUGAAACAAGUCGAUGCCAAGGGAUUCGUCUUUUAUACCAACUACACCUCGCGGAAGAGUAUCGAGCUAAGCGCGAAUCCGAAUUGUGCGUUGGUGUUCUACUGGCGGGAAGCGCAUCGGAGCGUAAGGGUGGUAGGAAAGGCUGAGCGGGUGUCGAAGGAGGAGACGGAGGAGUAUUUUCGCUCGAGGCCGAGGGAGAGCCAGUUGGGGGCUUGGGCUAGCAAGCAAAGCAGUGUAGUUGGGGAAGGGGAACUUACGGCUCGAUUAGAAGAACUCAGGGUACGGUUCGAGGGUAAAGAAGUGGAAGUGCCGGAUUUCUGGGGCGGAUGGAGAGUAUUGCCUAGCGAGGUAGAGUUCUGGUCGGGGAAGCCAUCAAGGCUCCAUGACCGCGUGAGGUAUCUUAGAAAGGCCGACGGCGAAUGGAAUGUUGAGAGACUAGCGCCAUGAUGCAUGAUGUAUGAUCAAUACAGUAAAGCACUUACAUUGUUACCCAAAAUGCCUACCAU